AUCUCUGCUGCCAGCGGCUCUGACAGCUUCGACUCGUGGACGGACGGACGGACAGACUGACGGGAUGCCGCGCUCCCACCGGCCUCCUCCGACCACCCAGCGGCAGGCGAAUGCCACGGGCAGUGCCGCCGGCAACGCCGCCGAGCCCAAGCCCGAAGGCGGCAGCCUGGCGAUGACUUUCAAGAUUUUUCUCCUUUUUGCAGGACUUAUGGUUAAAGUUCCCGUGGGGUUGUAUUUUUCCUGUAAAUUACUGCUUUUUCAAAGCCUCCUGUUAAUGUCACCUGAUGACAGUGGCUUUUACGCGACCAUUGUCGCGGUGGUGGGGCUGCAUGUGGUGCUGGCGGUGUUCGUGUUCAUCGUGUGGAAGGAGGGGAUGCCUGACUGGUGGGAAGAGAAAAGCGAGUAGCACAGCGCCCGCUUCCCAGCUGCAGGCGCGGGGGCGGGGAGCCCUGAAACGGGGUUUCUUGUUUUUCUUGUCCGUGUUUAAAAAAAAAAAAAAAGUGUGGGUUUUCUGUUUUCUGAGUUUUUUUUCUGUUUAA